UACACUUUUAGCUCAUGUCAUGUCAAGACAAAAAUAAUGGAGUUGUUUUCAAAUGCCGGUAAAAGCAAAAUUUUAUUUGUUAGAACUGCCUCAGUGAGUUAUAAAAGUGUAGUUUUUGUUGUAAAGAAGAGAAACAUAAUAAAUUAAAACAUUAACGUGGUGUUGCAGCGAUGGCCAACUACAAGGCGUCCAAAAAAGGCGAGCUCGUCGCCAUCUACCGGCUGGAGUUCUACAAAAACCAGAAGAAAUGGAAGUUCUGCAAAAAUGAUAAGAAAAUAAAGAAACACAUUUCAUCCAAACAGAAGCUGAACGAGACCUAUCAGGUGGAGGAUGAGUCACCGCCCGUGGACGCGCCCGCGCCGCUCGACGACGCCUUCCUCGAGACAGACUCUGACGAGAACGUGAAGGAGACCCCGAAGGCGGAGCCCCGCUCGCGCCGCCGCUGGAGCACCAUCCUCGAUCUCAAGAUAGAACCAGACGACUAUGAGAAUGAAGACUGGGCGAUCCCUGUGAAGCCGGCGGUGCGCGGCUGCUGGCAGCCGAGCGUGGAGCGCCCGCGCAGCUACGAGGACCAGUGCGAGGGGGCCGGGGGCACUGGGGGAGGGGAAGGGUUCACCGCCGCACACUGGGGGGACCUCGACCAGGUCAGUCAGGUGUAUGCAUCAGAGCUGAGUGUGACCCCCGGGCAGUACUCCCGCCUGCCCGUGUUCGCGGGCUGGGUGGCGGCAGACACACACACAGCGCCCGUGAAGGAGUCCAACAUACUGAACAAUAUUCUCCAAAACGUGGGCCAAAAAACAGCAAGAAACAACGUGGCGGAAACCCUGAGGCGACACAUUGAAAAUAUCGGGCAAAAUGUCGGGCGACCCGGGCCCGAGCUGGCCCACAUGAACCAGAGCUUGGGCAGGAAUCUCUACGAUCACACGCGGAUGGGAAAUUUGAGACUCAAUCUCACUCAAAAUUUAGAGCAAUUGGGAUAUUAUGAGCAUGAUUUCAAGCAAAACAUCGACCGCACCGAAAGGCACUAUGUGCAAAAUUUGGCAAGUUUCGGGCAAAACGGUAAUGGUCUUGUUGGGCAAAAUGGUGACUUCGGGCAAAAUGAAUAUGUGGGUAAAAAUAUGGACAGUUUUGAGCAAAACGUGAAGUUCGACUUAGAGCAAUGUGAGGAAGUGCUGGAAUGCGAGGAUAUGGAGUGGGAGGAGAGGGCGGGGGCGGGGGCGGGGGCGGGGGGCUGGCUGCAGGGACCGCUUGCGCAUUUCUAUUCGGAGCCGGCUCUGGGCGAGGCUCUGUCCGCGCCGCCGUGCGCGUGCGACGUGUCGUUCUCGUCCGGAGACAGCGCCGCCUUCAUGCGCGGUGCGCAUGCGCGUGCGCACAGCUCUGAGCUCGACCUCGUUAAGGAUACUAAAGUAAAGACCGAUGUUGCCCGUGCAGCGUGCGGAUGCGCGUGCGCGUGCGCGUGCGCGCUGCGGUCGUCGCUGCCGCAGCAGUCGACGCGCGCGCUGCGCGCCGCACUGCGCGCGCACGCGCACGCGGCACGCAACUUGCUCGCAGAGUUACGCAAGCGAGCACACGACUACAACACACAGCCGUGUCCCCGGCCGCCGUCCCCCGACGCGUCGGUGCCGACGCGGGACGAGCCCCCGCCCCCGCACUCGCCCCCUCCCCCUCACAAUCCCCCGCCCCCGCCACCGCCGCACCUCACCGACACACACCCUCUGCCCGGGAGGGGGCGCGGUCGGCGGCUGACCACAAAAUAAUAGCUCAAGAAGAAAUGUUGUAAUAUGUACGGGUUAUAUUUUGAAGUCUGAUUGAAGUAUUGAGAGUAGUGAUUACUAUAAAUGAACAAGUGAGACUGAGACGUUGCUGAUGUAUUGUUAUGUAGUAAAUGUAUCACUUCACAACGUGAAGUUUACGUGAUUUUCGCAAAAUAAAAAUUUAAGAGUUUGUGCGGUUUUGUAUUGAAUCCAGUGGCGCCAUGUUAAUAAAAGAGAAAUUUUUGAGCGCAAUGUUGUGCAAAAUGUGGUUGCUUUAAUAGAGUUGAGAUUUUAAUUUUUUAUGGCAAAAAAUGUUGUAGCGCUCAUUCGCUUUGUUUAGGUCAUUGUAACUAACAAAUCUAACCUACAAAUGCGAAAGUUAAAAGUUCCUCUUUCAGACUUCCGAUUGGGCUUUGGAAUGGUGCUUCAUUAUAAAGUCUAAAUAUUAAGGAAAGUGGUUUCUGUGCGAGAGAAUAUGGGAUAUGAAAUAUAGUAACAUUUACUUACUGGACAUUUGUAAGAAACACUUUUUCAUAUCAAUAUUAGUUCGCUUAACUGCUGCACGCCAAAUUAUUUUGUUAUAAACUUUCUCUGUAGUGAUGAGGGCGCCACUGGCUUUAAUACUCGAUCUUGAUUUACUCGUGAGAAAAUAUAUUAUAUAAAAUAAUAGGCACUUGCCUAUCGAGGGUAGUAAUUUUUUGCCAUUGUACUUUAGUUCUAAAGUACUGUCGUAUUAGGGUGAGUAUUCUUCCAAAGUGUCAUAAUGUAUCGUCUACUCGACUCUUGCGCAGAUCUGACUGUUAAUAUAAGGUAACAAGACAAAAUAAGAGCGAGUUAAAAUUGUUGAUUUUUCUAAUGUUUAUACAGUUAAUGUAAGUUUUGGAAUUUAUUUCCUGGGGGUGUUCGCACAUUGACCACUGUGUUACCUGUCCACCCACAGUGGGUGAGGCUCACAAUUGUUACCAGUUGUUUCCAUUCAUUCUAUAAACAUAAAUUCGUACAAUUGAUGCAGUAAAACCAAAAGUUAGUUCAAAAGCUCAUAUAUAUAUUUUGGUAUAACAUGGUCAUUGGUAACAGGCGCCCAGCAGUAACGUCUGUCAGUGUGGGGACGUCUCUCGGAGUGUUGUAUUAGUUGUAGGAAGAUGUCCCUGGCGGGGCUGUAAAUUGUUGUCAUUUUGGUAAUGUUCCAAUAAAAACGCAACUCAGAAGUA